UAUCCGGGAAUCAGAUAAAAACAUAAAAGAAAAAAGGGAAAGUAUAUAAUGGUGACUGAAAGCUGGGCUAAAGAGAAUCGCCUACCCCGUGCGGUCGAUCAGGCAAUCGAUCGAGCGGACGAAUGCGUUUUCAAACACCCGGCUAAUUGGACUUUUGCCUCAGAGUUGAGAGGACAGUGUUUUCGGCGGCAUUUUCUGGCUACGUUGGCAGAGUUUUUGUUAACACGUUUUUCGUGGUCAAGGCUGUUGGAAUUUUGAUUUUUCUUCGGCUGGGCUAGAAUUGCUGCGGAGAAAUUCCUGGGUGGUUAAUUCGGAAUAGCGAAAAGGGGAAGAUCUAACAAUGGCGACGGACAAGCACGGAAAUGUUACAAAUUUUUCUGCCGAACAUUUUCAAAAGCUGCUUCUUCAGCAACAAUCCCAGAUGGAAGCACAAAUGAAACUGAUUGAAAGUUUAACGCAGUGCUUAAACGUACAAUCAAACGGAGCAGCUACACGGGACACGCAGGCUGUUUCACUUGAUCUUCUUACGAAUUCAAUCACUGAAUUUCAUUAUGAUGCUGAUUCCGAAUCCACUUUCGAGGCGUGGUUCAAACGUUGGGAGGAUAUGUUCCAGACGGAUUUCAGCCGUCAAGAUGAUUCAUGGAAAGUGCGCCUUUUGCUCCGCAAGCUGGGAACUAAUGAACAUACAAGAUUCCUUGACCACAUAUUGCCCAAAGAGCCGAAGGACAUCACUUUCAACGAAGCAGUGGCAACACUCAAAGAAAUUUUUGGUGAGUCAACAUCAUUGUUUAGCAUUCGCUAUCAAUGUCUAAAAAUUGUAAAGCGUGAUACAGACGAUUAUGGGGCACUAGCAGACAUGGUUAACCGCGAAUGUGAACGUUUCAAAUUACGCUGUUUGACGGAUGACCAGUUUAAGUGUCUUAUAUUUGUCAGUGCUUUACAGUCUCCACGCGACGCGGAAAUCCGCACUCGGCUCCUUGCUAAUUUGGAUCAAGAUCCAGAUUUGACAUUGAAGUCUCUUGUAGGCGAAUGCAAACGGUUAAUUACCUUGAAACACGACACGGCUAUGAUUGAGCAGAGUCGCCCCACCAUUGCCGAUACUGUUCAUGCUGUGCAAAAAGCAAGAAAAUCUGGCUCGAAUAAGUCGUUCAACAGAAAGCCGAACAAGCCGCCUACACCUUGUUGGUCAUGUGGUGAAUGGCAUUUCGCACGAUACUGUCCAUUCAAGCGUCAUAUUUGUGAUAAGUGCCAUAAACGCGGCCACAAGGAAGACUUUUGCCAUCAGUCCCGGCCAAGAAAUGUGAAGCAGUCCUACCGAAGGAAGAAUUUCAGAAAACCUGACGCAGAAUCACUAUCGGUGAUUGCUACGUUUCACAGCCAUUCUAGAACACGCCGCCGAUUUAUCACUGUGCUUAUCAACGGAAUCCCAACCCGGCUGCAGUUCGAUACGGCAUCAGAUAUAACGAUCAUUUCCAAGAACACUUGGAAGCACAUAAAGAAGCCGAAAAUGAUUGAUUCCAACAAAAUCGCUCACAAUGCAUCCGGUGGAGUGCUGAAGUUGGUCGGAGAAAUAAAUUGCAAAAUUGCAUUCAACGGAGUGGAAAAGGCCGGAACCUGCUACUUGUCUGAUCGACCAAACUUGAACCUCCUUGGACUUGACUGGAUGGAAAAAUUACAACUGUUUGAUGCUCCAAUGAGUCAGAUUUGCAAUACAGUACAAACCGACCCAGUACAUUCAUCAUUGUCGAUAGAAGAGAUGACCAGAAAGCUAAAGCAGCAGUUUGUCACCUUGUUUGAAGAUGGUCUCGGCCACUGCACUAAGUUCAAAGCAAAGUUGUGUCUUCGUGAAGGAACCAAGCCAGUCUUUAGAGCAAAAAGACCGGUACCGUAUGCAGCCAUGACAGCAGUUGAUCAGGAGCUCGACCGACUGGAACGAGCCGGUGUCAUCACACCAGUGAACUACUCUUCAUGGGCUACGCCGAUUGUUGCUGUGAAAAAGCCGAACGGUAAAGUGCGAGUCUGCGCCGAUUUUUCGACCGGCUUGAAUGCCGCAUUGGACGACCAUCAAUACCCCCUUCCGAUACCAGAAGAUAUCUUUGCCAAGCUAAAUGGUGGGAAGUGUUUCGCCAAGCUCGACUUGUCCGAUGCCUACCUCCAGGUUGAGGUUGAUGAAAGCUCAAGAGAAUUGCUGACCAUCAACACUCAUCGUGGCUUGUACCAAUACAACCGCCUCCCUUUUGGCGUGAAAACAGCACCAGCCAUCUUCCAGCAGCUGAUGGACACCAUGCUCGCGGGAGUUUCUGGAGCCGCGGCGUACCUGGAUGAUAUCAUUUUAAUGGGUCGGACGGCAGAAGAACUAUUUCAGCGGCUCGCUGAAGUGCUUGUACGUAUCCAGUCAUAUGGUUUCCGUAUCCGCGAAGAUAAGUGUACCUUUUUUACACCAACCAUCAAGUUUCUCGGUUUCAUCUUCUCAAAAGACGGUCGUCGCCCUGAUCCAGAAAAUAUCCGAGCUAUUCAAAAGAUGCCCCCACCUGUGGACUUGCAGUCGCUGCGUUCAUUCUGUGGCCUAAUCAGUCAUUACAGCGCUUUUCUGCCCGAACUACAUCGCCUGCGUGCCCCAUUGAAUAAGUUGUUGAGCAAGGGCCAAACCUGGAAUUGGACGCCAGAAUGCCAGACUGUGUUUGAGCGGGUCAAGUCAUUGUUGGCUUCAGACUUACUCCUAACUCAUUUUGAUCCUUCCCGGGAAAUUGUCCUUGCCACAGACGCAUCGAGUCUAGGAAUCGGUGCCGUAGUUUCCCAUACGUUCCCAGAUGGAUCUCAGAAGGCGAUCGCACAUGCCGCCAGGACGCUAACGAAAGCUGAAAGAAACUACAGUCAGAUCGAGAAGGAGGCAUUGGCCAUAGUGUUUGCUGUGAAGAAAUUUCACAAAAUGCUGUAUGGUCGCCGCUUCAAACUCUUGACGGAUCACAAGCCGCUGCUGGCCAUUUUCGGCUCGAAGAAGGGAAUUCCUGCCUAUACAGCCAAUCGACUCCAACGAUGGGCACUUACAUUGCUGGGCUAUGAUUUUGAAAUCCGUUAUCAGUCAACGAAUUCGCUGGGCCAAGCAGAUGCGUUGUCACGCCUCAUUGAUUCCCAGCAACAAGAACACGAGGACACCAUCAUUGCCUCAGUUGAAAUCGAACCUGAUGUCAAAUUCCUGGUGAACGAGGCACUACAUGGUAUGCCAGUUACGGCCGAUGCUGUGCGGGCCGAAACGCUUCGAGACCCAAUCCUGAAGAAGGUGACACACUUCCACAGAACCAGCUGGCCACGUUCGUGUUCAUCUGCCGAAAUGCAGCAGUUCUAUCAGCGAAGACAUUCGCUUUCCAUUGUGGACGAUUGCAUCAUGUUCUCAGACAGAGUAGUCAUCCCGCAGGCGUUGCAACAAAGAGUGCUGCGACAGUUCCAUGCAGGACAUCCAGGGCUCAACCGAAUGAAAGCGCUUGCCAGAAGUUAUGUAUAUUGGCCGUUUAUGGACAGGCAGCUAGAGCAGCUAGCUAAAAGUUGUGGCAACUGCGCUACCGCCUCAAGGGCACCGCCAAAGACUGAACUCCGCUCAUGGCCUAAACCAACUAAACCUUGGAGUCGUGUUCAUGUAGACUUUGCAGGCCCAAUCAAUGGCCAGAACUUUCUCAUAGUGGUCGACGCUUAUAGCAAGUGGCCCGAAGUGUUCCUCAUGAGAAGCACGAAAACCAGCGCAACCGUCUCUAGGUUGCGACAAAUCUUCAGCAGGUUCGGCUGCCCUGAAACAUUGGUGACGGACAAUGGAGCACAGUUUACUUCGGCCACAUUCAUGGAAUUCUGCCAACGCUGCGCCAUCAAACACUUGCGGUCUCCACCAUUCCACCCACAAUCGAAUGGCCAAGCAGAGAGGUUUGUGGAUACAUUCAAACGCGCUCUCCUCAAAUCAAGGAGGGAGGGAGACCUAGAGGAGGUGAUCGACCGCUUCCUAUUUCUGUACCGAUCUACACAAAAUCCACAAACGCCGGGUGGAAUAUCACCAGCAGAGGCAAUGAUGAAGAGAAAACUUCGCAUGCCAUAUGAUGCAGUUCGGCCAUCCUCAGAGUCCAUAGCUGGUGAAAGGAACCUAAAGAUGGAACGUGAUUUUAAUCGGCGGUUUGGUGCCAAGCAACGUUCGUUUACACCGGGUCAGCCAGUACUUGUGCGUGAUUAUCGGGGUGGACACGCAAAAUGGACGCCAGGAACGAUCCAGUGCAAGCGCGGAAGCGUCAUUUACGACGUGCUGGUUGGAACGCAGGUAUGGGUACGCCAUGCAAACCAACUGCGAACAACAAUGUGCCAGCCACAAGCAAUAGAAUCCGCCAAGCUUCCAUUUGACCUGUUGACAGACAGCUUCAACUUGCCUACAGAGCCAGUAGAAGAACCCUGUCAUCAGACGAAUAAUACCAGACCGCAGAGUACGGAAUUCGAAUCCAGAACACUACAGCCAAGGCGAUGCACCGGUAGGCGAAGAAUCCCUUCCAGGAGGCUCCAGGUUAAUCCCCGGCUAGCUUCAUACACAACGGCAACAGCUUCAGGAGGGGAGGUAUCCGGGAAUCAGAUAAAAACAUAAAAGAAAAAAGGGAAAGUAUAUAAUGGUGACUGAAAGCUGGGCUAAAGAGAAUCGCCUACCCCGUGCGGUCGAUCAGGCAAUCGAUCGAGCGGACGAAUGCGUUUUCAAACACCCGGCUAAUUGGACUUUUGCCUCAGAGUUGAGAGGACAGUGUUUUCGGCGGCAUUUUCUGGCUACGUUGGCAGAGUUUUUGUUAACACGUUUUUCGUGGUCAAGGCUGUUGGAAUUUUGAUUUUUCUUCGGCUGGGCUAGAAUUGCUGCGGAGAAAUUCCUGGGUGGUUAAUUCGGAAUAGCGAAAAGGGGAAGAUCUAACAACCACAAUAA